UGAUGUGACCGAAAAGGCGCAAAAUUUUCUCUGUUCUUGUUUUGUUUUGCUUAAAAUUUCAAAACCCUCUUCCCAUUUUCAUCCCUAAACCCUAAAAAGAUGAUCGGCGCCUUUCGGAGAAGCUCUGGGAUUUCUGGGUUGUUGCAUUUCCGCCAUUUUUCUCAGUUGAAAAGUUCUAAAGCUUUUGAAGCUACUGCGAUCGUUAGGAAGCAAAGUCAGCCCAUUCGGCCGUACUUCCGGUUGCCGGAUUCUUUCAGGAAGACGAAGGAGGUUGGUGUUUUUCCGUCGGUGCAGCAAUCGUCUGUUUCAUCAGGUUUUUCGAUUGUGAAGGUUGAGUUUCUUGAAUGGUAUUUGGCGAUGGUCAAAUGUCGUCCUGUUCUUACCAAGAGUGUCACUUCUGCGCUUAUUUACACGGCUGCUGAUUUGUCGUCUCAGACCAUUUCUCUGUCAUCUUCAGAGCCAUAUGAUUUAAUUCGAACAUUACGCAUGGCUGGAUAUGGUAUGUUGAUUCUAGGGCCAUCUCUCCAUUACUGGUUCAACUUAAUGUCAAAACUCUUCCCCAAGAAAGAUCUAUUCUCCACCUUCAAGAAAAUGGCCAUGGGCCAAGGUCUCUUUGGCCCUUCCAUGACAGCCGUUUUCUUCUCCAUGAAUGCAUUUCUCCAAGGUGAAAAUGGUGCUGAAAUUAUUGCCCGAUUGAAACGAGAUUUGCUUCCUACCAUGCUCAAUGGUGUUAUGUACUGGCCAGUUUGCGAUUUCAUUACGUUUAAAUUUGCCCCUGUUCAUCUUCAAGCGUUGGUUAGCAAUUCUUUUUCGUACGUGUGGACAGUUUACAUGACAUACAUGGCGAGCCUUGAGAAAGCUGCUUCUUGAUUUGAUCCCAAUAGCCGAAAGGUUAUGUUCAGACAAGAACUCUUGCAACAGUGCCUUUUCCAGGAUGAAGAAAAAAGUGAAAAUGGAACCAGAAAUUGCCAACUUAUUAGGAAGGGAGAGAGAGAUUCUUUUAUAGUUAAUAUAAUUGUAAACAUUUUAAUGAGAAGAAAUGUAGAAGUGAAGAACCUUUCUGCCUUCUGGGA